AUGAAAGAACGACUAUUGGAACAAGUGAAUGAAGUCAAUGGUCAUGUUUUUGAGAAUAUUGAGAUUGUGAAUUUAAAAUUAGAAUCCAUUUCUGUUGCUCAACAGAUAGAAUUUUUCACAACGUUAAAUGUUUAUGUGACCACACAAGGAUCAGCAUCGUUCAUGUCACUCUUCAUGAUCAAUCCAAAUGCACUCAUGAUUUAUGUGCCAUCUUGUUUGAAAGAAACAUUCAUGUGUUCGGAUAUUCAUUUACAAGUUCAUGAAACCUUUUCGAAUAUUCGAAUUAUUUCUCUCAUGGAUCAUCUCCAUUUGAUUCAAUGUGUCACUGAAAAUUCACACCAAGCGCAAGGAUUUCCUGUUAAACCUAUCGAUGUCAUCUCUCCUGAAUUCAAAGGAGAUUGUCAUGAAAGAGUUAAUCCUGAAGGUUUGAAGGACCUUAUUGUAAAGUCUCUUCGAAGAGAAUUAUAG